AUGCAGAGAGCCAUUGAAGAAAUGUCUCAGCAAUUCGUGAGAGCACAGGAGCAACAUCAAGAACAAUAUUUGAGGGAACAAGAGCAGUAUCUGAAGGAUCGAGAGCAACAAGAGAACUGGCAGCGCCAAAUGAUGGAACAACAAGAGAAAUGGCAGCAACAAAUGAUGGCUCAACAACAAGAAUUUCAAACAAAGAUUCUUGAUGGGCAAAGUGAACAAUCAACAAACGUUCAAGAAUCAAUUAAUGGAUUGUUCCUACGACAGGCCAAGUAUGGGGAGUACACCCAAAAUCUCUAUCAAUGGAAGAAUAUAUAUCAUACUAUUGGAAAGCAUAGGAAUUUGGAUAGAAUGGAGUAUGAUAUGCAAACUCAAGCAAAGUUGCACUAUGUAGUCCAUGGUAUGCCAACAUUGAACCAAGAGAUCAAGCCAUUUGCCCAAUGUCCAGAAUUUAUAGAGCAGUAG